ACCCUUCAGGCGAUCCGUGCUCGGGACUUGAUCAAAGUCAAGUGAGAUUCUAUUGUGUUGUCGCAUGUUGAUUCGCCAUAAUUCGGGACUCGAGAUUGUGUUUGCUGAAGCAGGUAUGCUCGUUUAGAUACCGGUACCAGUGACGAUUGUCCUUGCUACUGUCAUAUAAGUACUUAGCACGCUUCUCUGUCGGUAGGUACUUGCAUCUCGAUCUGCCCAUCCUAAAUACUACUCGGUCUUGUCUACAAAAUUCUUCUAGUCCUUAAAUCCAAGUGGGCCAGAGCAUCUCAAGUCCCCGCUUCGAACGUCUGGCUCCACCUUUCUCCUCACCCCAGACUUCAGCGUCCGCUUCAAGAUGUCCGCUGCGCCACCUCCGCAACAAUCACAGCCUUACCAGAACGGACAUCACUACACACCACUUACGAAAGAGAACCUCAGGCAAUUGCCUCAUCCACCUUACUCGAAUCAAGAGACCUAUUCAAAGGUCGAUCAGAAUUUUGAGAAGGUACCGCUUGGGUUGGAGACGCGCAGAGUUGAUGGAAUCGCGACGCUUCGAGCUUGGGACCAACGUUGGGCUACGGCCGGGAGGGCUUAAUGUGGUUGUUGAGAGGUGGAGAGGUGUUUGGGAUGUCGAUUAUUUUGAUCACAGGCUUAGAAUGGAAGUAGAUGUUUUAUGGAAGGGGCGUAUGUGGGUCAUGGAAGAAGGAG